AUGGAAGGUGAUAAUAUGAUUUUUCAGAAGGGAGAGCUUGUAGCAGGGUGGGGUUUCUUCUGUGUACAUAUAUUUGCUCGGGUUGAGAUGGUUCUUCUUGUAACAAUGGCCUAUGACCGCUAUGUGGCCAUCUGCAGGGCACUCCACUACACCAGCAUCAUGGACAGACAGAAGUGCAUCUGGCUGGUUGUGAUAUCAUGGAUCAUUGGAGUCGUGCAUGCCAUGAGUCAACUGAUUCUGAUUUUGGAGUUACCUUUCUGUGGACCUAGAGUGAUAGACAGCUUUUUCUGUGAUAUUCCUUUGGUGUUGAAACUAGCCUGCACGGAUACUGAUACUCUGGAAAUCAUGAUAAAUGUUGACAGUGGUGUUCUAGCAAUGUCUUGUUUCAUUCUCUUGUUGAUAUCUUACACUUACAUUCUAUUAACUGUUCGGCUUCACUCUAAAGAUGGUUCAUCAAAAGGCUCAUCAAAGGCACUCUCUACCUGUACCUCCCAUAUUAUUGUAGUUUUGCUAUUCUUUGGGCCUGUCAUUUUCAUCUAUCUGUGGCCUGUCAGCCUCACUUGGGUGGACAAGUUUCUUGCUGUAUUUUACUCAGUCAUCACACCUCUCCUGAAUCCAGCCAUCUAUACAUUGAGAAAUAGAGACAUUAAGAAUGCCAUAAAGAAGUUAACAAGUCCCAUGUAA